CCUCCCCAGCCCUCCCUUCCCACGCCCCACUGCGCUGUGGGAUAGUGGCACUAUAAAGUAUAUCCUCUCUCGGCGAAAGAUAAGAAGCCCGAGACAGGAGGGGGAUGAAGAUGGCGGACGCCAAGCAGAAGCGGAAUGAACAGUUAAAGCGAUGGCUUGGCUCGGAAACGGACCAGGAGCCUCCUGUUUUGAAAAAGAAAAAGACGAAGGUGAAGUUCGAUGAUGGCGCCGUGUUUCUGGCCGCCUGUUCGAGCGGCGAUACCGAGGAGGUGCUCCGAAUGCUUGACCGGGGCGCUGACAUCAACUACGCCAAUGUAGACGGUCUCACCGCCCUCCACCAGGCAUGCAUAGAUGACAAUGUCGACAUGGUGACUUUCCUGGUGGAGCAUGGAGCCUGCAUCAACCAGCCUGAUAACGAGGGCUGGAUCCCACUCCACGCUGCAGCUUCCUGUGGAUACCUAGACAUAGCAGAGUAUCUCAUCAGCCAGGGUGCCAGUGUAGGAGUUGUAAACAGUGAGGGCGAGACGCCUCUGGACAUUGCCGAAGAGGAGGCAAUGGAGGAGCUCCUGCAGAAUGAGAUCAACCGGCAAGGGGUUGAUAUCGAGGCAGCCCGGAAAGAGGAGGAGCGCAUCAUGCUGAGGGAUGCCCGGCAGUGGCUCAACAGCGGCCAGAUCCAAGACGUGCGGCAUACGAAAUCUGGAGGAACGGCGCUCCAUGUAGCCGCCGCGAAGGGAUACGUCGAGGUUUUAAAGCUUUUAAUCCAAGCAGGGUAUGAUGUAAAUAUUAAGGACUAUGAUGGCUGGACUCCUCUACAUGCAGCAGCACACUGGGGCAAAGAGGAGGCCUGUAGGAUACUGGUUGAGAAUCUAUGUGACAUGGACAUCAUGAAUAAAAUGGGUCAGACUGCUUUUGAUGUAGCAGAUGAAGAUGUUCUGGGAUACUUAGAAGAACUACAGAAGAAACAAAAUCUGCUGAGAAGUGAGAAGAAAGAUGUUAAGAAAUCUCCUCUGAUUGAAACAACCACCACUGGGGACAACAAUCAAUCACUGAAGCCAAUCAAGAGCAAAGAAACGCUGCUUCUGGAGCCCGAGAAGAGCGCUCCUCGCAUCGAGACCUUAGAGCCAGAGAAAGUGGACGAAGAAGAGGAGGGUAAGAAGGAUGAAUCAAGCUGCUCUAGUGAAGAAGAGGAAGAAGAAGAUUCAGAAUCAGAGACUGAAGCAGCAGAAAAGAGCAAGCCCUCAGCAGCAGUGAGCAACAGCACAACACCAACCAGCGUCACGGUGUCUUCUCCAACUAGCCCAACUAACCAGGUGACGACCCCCACUUCACCAGUUAAAAAGGUCACUCAGCCUGCUGGAAAGGUCUCAACUAAAGUGGAGGAGGAGAGGAAGGAUGAGUCUCCAGCGUCCUGGCGUUUGGGUUUGAGGAAGACGGGCAGCUAUGGAGCGCUGGCCGAGAUCACUGCCACCAAGGAGGCACAGAGGGAGAAGGAUACCACUGGGGUUAUGCGUUCGGCCUCGAGCCCUCGCCUUUCCACAUCUCUGGACAACAAAGACAAGGAGAAGGAAAAGGAUAAAGGAACCCGUCUUGCCUAUGUGGCUCCAACCAUUCCCAGGAGACUGGCCAGUACUUCGGACAUUGACGAGAAGGAAAACAGGGACUCCACUGCUCUGAUACGUAGCGGCUCCUACACCCGGCGACGCUGGGAUGACGACCUGAAGAACAGUGAAGGAAGUGCCUCCACCAUCCGAACCCCCAGCUACCAGCGCAGCACUUCCCAUACGCUAGCGCUAGGGCGGAGCGGCAGCACGCGGGACGUGCCAGCCAAGUCUUCGUCAACCUCCAACUUGGACCCUAACACCUGUAAUACUAAACCUUGGCAGCCACCCACCUCCCACUACCCGUCUUACAGCAUUUACCGCAGCGGCUCAUUCGGCAGACGACACGAGGACUUGGGCUCCUCGACCACUUCCUCCGCCACGACCACCUCCACCUCCUCAUCUGUUACCUCGCCCACGGGCCAUCGUGGCCUGUACUCAAGCCUGGGCUCCUCCUCCACUCGCACUGGCUCCACCAGUCUCACCAGCAGGUACUGGUCAGAGGAGAGUGCAGAGAGGGAGAAGGAGAAGGAGUCGGCUGCUGUCGUCCCCACUAUAAACACUGGCUCUACUACGACCACCACGUCUACCACCACUACCACUGGCACUGGCACCGAAAGACGCAGGUCAUACUUGACUCCAAAGCGAGAUGAGGAGUCGGAGUCUCAGAGGAAAGCUCGCUCCAGACAGGCUCGACAGUCAAGGAGGUCCACCCAGGGUGUGACUCUGACUGAUUUACAAGAGGCUGAGAAAACAAUCGGCAGGAGUCGUACCACAAAGACUUGGGAGGAGGAGAAGGAGGAGAAAGAGAAGCAGGACAAGGAAAAGCAAGAGGAGAAGAAGGAGACUGAGACGAAGGACGAUGAUUACCGAUACAAGUACCGCACCUACGAUGAGCGGUCAAGGCCUUCAUCUUCUUCCACCUCCACCAUUUCCUCAGUCAGCACUGCCUCCACCCCUUCCUACUCUAGCACCACGUCCUCCAGUUCUAGCUCCCUCAACAGGCCUAACAGUCUGACGGGGAUAACCUCCUCCUAUAGCCGUUCCUCCAGAGAUACAGAAAAAGCAGAAGCAGACAAGAAGGAGGAGGAAAAGGAGGGAGAGGACAAGUCUCAGCCCCGCUCCAUACGGGAUCGCAGGCGGCCCCGCGAAAAGAGACGUUCCACUGGGGUGUCCUUCUGGAGUCAGGAUGGUGAUGAAAAUGACCCCGAUCAACAGUCGGACUCGGAGGAGGGCAACGCCAAGGGAGAGCCACAGAGUGACCGAUUGUUCAGGAAUGAGAGCACUUCAUCCUUAGAGCGUAAUGACACUCUUUUUACCCGUAGCUACGGUGAAAGUCAAAGGCCGUAUUCUAGCCGACUGGAUAAAGAUGACGCCACUGACUACAAGAAGCUCUACGAGCAAACAUUAGCUGACAACGAGAAGUUGAAGGCUCAGUUACGUGACACAGACCUGGAGCUGGCAGACUUGAAGUUACAACUAGAGAAGGCCACACAGAGGCAGGAACGCUACGCUGACCGAUCACAGCUUGAGAUGGAGAAAAGGGAAAGAAGAGCUCUAGAAAGGAAGAUUUCUGAGAUGGAGGAGGAACUUAAGAACCUCCCCCAGGUAAAGCAGGUUCAGGCCCUACGCCAGGUUAAGGAGCGGCUGCAGGCUGAGAACCGGGCCCUGGCCCGUGUGGUGGCAAAGCUCUCGCAGUCGGCCUGCAGCCAGCUGCCCACCGUCGACCUCUAAGCCACGUCCGUCUGUCCACCACCAUCUCCUGCUUCUUCUUCUCUCUUUUUCCUCUUCUGCUUCUUCUUCUCCUCCUUGUCCCCUCCCCCCUUGCAACCCCAUUCUUCUCAUGCUCCAUUCGUGCUCUGCCCCGCACCCAUAGACAGGCAGGUGUCCAGCCGUCCAGCAAUCACUGGUUUUGAAAAACAACCCUUUCUGCCCCCCUCUGCCUCCCCAGAGCUUUUUGUUUUCAGAGUGGGGAGGGUGUCUUUCUUUGGUUUUCACAGCAGGACACUGUCCUUUUGCAGUACACGCCUGUCAGGUGGUUUCCACACCUCUAAAACGCAUUAAAACAUUAUCCUAAAUAUUUCAAAUAACAUCUGAAUGAUAACAGAAUAAAGCAAAGCUCAGGUAAGUGUUUGCGGGUUGACAGGUCUGACUGUACUGUGAAGGAAAGUGUCCUCUUUGAAGUUUCUACUUGUGGUAAUUACUUCAGGGGGAGCUCAGUAGUUCUGUUUGGCUUGUUUUGGCUUCUUUGCAUGAAGUGGCUUCCUAUGGCAUCAACUCUUUGGACCCAAACCUUCAGAGACCAAACCCACCUUAUCCUCCCCUCCUUUUCUGUUGAGUUUACCAAAUGACAUCAACAAAUAUUUAAGAUUAAUGCAUACACGUAUGGUUUUACCUUAUAGUGUGUUCAGUGUCAUGAGUUAAACAAGCAGUCAGUCCUUAUAUGAAAUCAAGCAGGUCUCUGGGGCAGUCUCCUCUAAACACUGUAGAACAUGUCUUACGCCCUUGUACGAAUAUUUUUAAGUCAUUUAUUUAAUAAGCUAAUCAUAUUGAAAGCGUGCUGCUGUCCAAAUAGGAACUUUUCAAGUCUUUAUUGUGCUUUUAUGGGAGAUAUUUAAACUUUACAUCUGACAGCCAGUUCCAGGAUUUUAUAAAUUAUGGGGCAAGAGAAAGUCUGGCUUACUUACUACAGCUCAUUCAGCUCUGUGUUGCUGCCUGUAAUGCAUUAAUAUGCACAUGUUUAAAAGAAUGUGUUCUGAAGUUCAGUAGAUGUCAUAAAGAAGAGGAAACUGAUGCAUAAUCUGGCUUUAGUUAAGUU